AUUAUUUUUAUUUAAAAUUUCCAAAAUAUGUAAAAUUUGAAUCAUAAUUUCGAAUCACAACAAGUAUAAAUAAUGCGGAAUAUUAAAUUUGACUGCUAAAACUAGAUUAUGGUGGUAAAAACAAUGAUUGCGACACGAAAAACAAAAAAAGUACAAAAGUGCAACUAUGAAAAAAUUAAUAAAAAGUUCGAAGAUCAUAGUGUAUGUUGUCAAAUCUCAUUAUACUUUAUACACAAGGUGUACCUUUCAUCAAGAAUUUACUAUAAAAUUUUGAAUGCAUUCGAUACACUUCGAUAAAAGUUAGGUUCCAAAAAUCGAAAGGUGAUAUAAUUUUGGCCGGUACUGUAUAUAACUUUUUAUUCAUGUAUUACACACAUUUCAAAUUAAAUUCAUCAGCGACAUUAUCUAAAAACUAUUUGGAUAAAACCUAACAUAAUUUUAUCUAGAUAAAUUUCAAUUGAACCAUCGUUAUCUUAUCUUGCACAUUUGCGUGUAAUUUAUUUUAUCGUUUUAUCUAGAUAAUUUUAAGUUAUCUAAGCGCAACACAACAGAAACUGUAUCACGUACAGAAUCGUUCUUGGCAUGAAAAUGUCAAGAAAGAUCUUUUCUGUCGUGCACAUUAGUACAGUUUAAUCAUAAUAAUUGUUCAAAAUGUCGAAUGCCGAAAUUGUGGAAACCGUGCCAACGAGCCCCCGAUCUUCUUUACGUCAUUUCGAACGCGCGGACAUGCAUACGCUCGACUUCGUCGCUUAUAUUAUACCUUAGUGCAUCUCGCGUGCGGUCGAGGGAAAAUUUUACGCUGCACUAUAUACGUAGCACGUAAAAAUUUCUUCUAUUAUCUCGGAAGGUAAACCAUUACUUUUUUUUUCCUUUGGCCUAAACACACACGUCAAUAAGCUAAUAAAACUAGACCUCGACCAGCGAAACUCUCAUCCCUGUUGUUUAUGUAACGCUCCCUGCUCCUCUUAUAAAAAGCUUAUCACGAAACUCACCCCACUCUGGCUUAUCUCUGUUUCCCAAUAAAUAAAUGCAUUCCGAACUUUUGGACUGCGGGUCUGGUUCAUGCCAUUCUCAAGUUUAGUUCUCGUUCAGAGCUCCAACGAAGUAACGGACAGCAUCUCCGUAUUAGCGGCCAGAAAUAAAAGAGUUUCCCAUCGAAGAGGACAAGGUGCAAUGGCUGACGACCGAAAUAACCACCGGGGCUUCGUCAGGCAGCCACACGGGGUAGGACACUCAUCUCCCCCGCCACCAGCGCCGAGUUCGGGCCCCGGUCCAGGAGAUCCGACAUCCCCCAGAUCCGUUCAGAAGGAGAACUCGCCGCCCCGUGGCCCUCGAACCCUCCUGCUUCGGCGCAGCGAGAAUGGCUACGGAUUCACGCUGCGGCAUUUCAUCGUCUACCCGCCCGAGUCCUGCUGCAUGCUGCCGGGACACGAGCGGACCAAGAUCGACGAGCCCAUGGACACGAUCUUCGUGAAGCAGGUGCGCGCGAAUUCGCCGGCGGCUGAGGCCGGAUUGCGCACCGGUGACCGCGUCGUCUCCGUCGACGGGGCGCCUACCCGGGGCGAGCAGUACUCCAGCGUGGUGCAACGCAUUCAACAAGCGGGACCGUGGCUGCGCCUUCUCGUAGUCUCCAAGGAGGACGACAUUUUGCAGCGGUACUUUGGCGAUACAGCGCAUAAUCCUGAGACGAAUCCACGACCGCGGUUGCGUUCUCCGGAAAGGCUGUCGCAGAAGCAACGCAGGUCGAUGAGCACCAUGAUCUCGGGCGGAUCGCCGAGAACGCGACAGUCUUGGGUUUGCUCUCUACCGUCGUCAGAGAGUCCAAAUCAUCUUGAAGAAACGAUGUGCAGGAUGACGGCAUCAACUAUGUCUCAAGUUCCGAUCGUGGAAUCUCAGAGUACACUGCAGCAGCAACAGCAGCAACGGAGAGGUGUGUUGGAAGCAAGCUCGUUGUACGAUCAUUCGGAGGAUUCUCGAAAUUCGGGGAGGAAGCAGCAACUGUUACGCGAGGAUAACGUGCGAUCGAGCGGCCGAUUGUCCCUGGAUUCUAAAUACGAUUUGUACGACAGAACGCGACCCGAGUCGGUGUACUCGCGGCCGAGCAACGAGCAACUUUACGACAGAAUCAACGAUCCGAUUUACGAACGUGUACGCGUCAGCGAGCAUCAUCCGCAGCAUUACUAUCAACCGUCUAUGCCGCGUUAUCCGAUGUCGCAGGCGGAGCCGCAGGUGCCAAUAUACCGGCCGAUUAAGCGAAUGGUGGCGCGACGUGCCAGUGAGGGCAGCGGCACCCUCGAUUCCGAGUCGGCGAGUUACGGCAGCAUCGACGCGCUGAGAUCGAACGAGUCCAGCAGGUUGAGCAUCGAGUCGAGACGAGACUCGUCGCCCGCCGCUAGCAAGGACAGCAUGUCUCCCUAUGAUUCCAAUUCAACUCUGACCGGCAACGAAUGCUCCGACGAUUCCGUCAUCAUGAACAGACUCCGUAAAAGUUUCGAGCAGAAGGCCGAAUUUUUGCGGCGGCCGAGUCAUCCCAUCGGUUGGUCUGCCGAGCCGUCGUCGCAGUUGCCACCGAAUUUCAAUCAAGCCUCGGUAAUCCAGAGGGAAUUUUACGCGAGGCCACAAAAACUGCAGAGACAAAUCUGGCCGCCUGGCCAGAGUGAGCAACAACAGAGGCAGCAAUCUCCCACGAGAAGGUCUCCUCUAGAGAGGAAUGUUGUUACGAAGACCAUCACCAGUUUGGUGAAUAAGCCGUCAAAUCAGAGCGUGCAAAGGAUAAAGGAUGUAGAUUCUAAUUCUGAGUAUUCAAAGCCGCGAAAUGAUCAACAACUCGGGGACAAUCAGUCUAUCGCUGAAGAUCAUUGUUACUCGCCAUCUCUUUAUGAUAAUGAGCUCACGAAAGAAUACCGAGGCAAAGGCAGUUUUGUCAGCAUCUUGUCGAGAAUACAGGAGAAUAUUAGUAUGAGUCAACAGCAGACAUCGCAGGAGACACGAAACGGUUCCUCGUCGUUGCCAUCUUCCCCGGGACCGGAUAAGAAAACUGGCGGCGACGUUAGGUUCCCGGUACUACCGCAGGGCUUGCAGAUCGUCUCGAGACGCGCCAAACAGUUCGAGUCCGGUCGUUUGCUGAGCGAUGAGGAUGAGCCCGCUGGCGAUCGAACGAAUCUUUACAAGAGCGAGUUGUCCAGAUUGUCGAACAAGAGAAGUGUACCGAAUGUGGCUGUGCGAAAACGAGAGUUCGAGUCUAAAGCCGAGAACCAGGACUCGAGGAGGCUACCGGUCAGAGAAACGAAAUCUCUUGACACUGGUGCAGUAUUGACAGGCAACAGAAUAAUUCCUAUAGGCAGCAAGCAUAUCCAUUGCGAGCCACCGGCCGACUAUAAAGAGAGUAAAGAUGUGCCUACUAUGGAGACAGAAUCAGUGCGUUUGAGAGCACGCAGCAACAGCGCGGAUUCCUGGGAAGCUACGAACGGUCCGGCAGCGGUGCGAGGCAGCGCCAGACAUACGUGGCAGACCGCCGAGGAGGAAGGUAGCACCGAGGACAACAGUAAAGCCUACCGCAACCAGGACAAUUAUUUGCAGUCGACCAAACUGCAAAUCGCGCCAGUCAAUGGUUCUUCGCCCAACGGCUCGACCAAUAAUGCCGCAGUACUUAGGCGACAGAAGAAUACACAGAUCAGUGAUGAGGAUCGUGCUACCAGACGGGUUUCGUACCUGAAGGCGACGUGGGGCGAACGGAUGCAUGUCGACAGCGAUCUGGAGCUCAGCGAUUCCGAGCCCGUUCACAUUCACAGAAGUGCGCAUAGACGAUGGCGACCACCGUUAUUUACGACAGACAUAACGCCCCUGCGACGCAUCUUUGAGGAUAUGACGCAGGCCGCGUCCUUACAUCGAAACUUUCAUCAUCGUAACAGCAUUGCUGUAACGCAUAAUACAUCAAACAGCUGCAAUGUGGAUGGAACUGCGAAGGAUGUCGAACCGGUAGAACGAGAGGGAACACUCCACGUUAAAUUCACAGUGCUCGAUGGCAAGCGAUCUACCGAUCGUUCCUGGAAGCAAGUUUGGGGUGUUCUCCGUGGUCCUAUAAUAUAUUUUUACAAGGAUCGUCAUAGUCAAAGUCCUUCGUUGAGCACUGAGAGCGAGACAAAUGCGGGACAGAGCGUCGACGUUAGGUGUUCGGUGGUUGACGUCGCCGAAGACUACACGAAGCGGAAACACGUGUUGCGAGUGGCAAAUCCUACGGCGGAGGUGCUUUUACAAACCGAAGAUGCGGCAUCUAUGGCCCUUUGGUUAAGGUCACUUCAUUCUCACGCCGCCGCAGAAAGAUCAUCGGAUGCCGUAUCUUGUACGUCGAAACAGCAAGCCGUUCCUCAGACUCCAACAGGCCCCACAACUCCAAAUAGCGGCGUUCCUCCGAGCAAUGCUCAAAGAUUGAGUCCUCUGCCGGGCCACAAAGGCAUCAAGAAACUAACAUCGUUUAGGAACCGGUCACCGACAGGUCAAUCGCCGGUGAACAAGACACGGAAGCCGAGUACCCAAAUGGUGGAACCUUUACCGUCGCCCAAGUCAAAGACUUGGAAGGGAAGAAUGGCGAAACAGUUUAGAAAGAUGCACGGUCAGGCCGGUGCGCCGUCUUCACCCACGGCGCAACUACCACCAGAAGGAGCUACGUUUAAGGUGCCUCUCGAACUUUGUCCACCGUCCUCGUUUUCCGAGUACGUGCCGCUGAUUGUCGAGAUGUGCACGAGCAUCGUCGAGGCAAGAGGUCUAGAAGUUGUUGGAAUCUAUAGAGUACCGGGAAACACCGCCGCGAUAGCUCAGCUCACGGACAGCGUCAACAGAGGAUUCGAGAAUAUUAAUCUUCAGGAUCCGAGAUGGAGUGACGUUAAUGUGAUAUCAUCAUUGCUGAAGUCGUUUUUCCGUCAACUUCCCGAUUCCUUGCUCACGGCGGACCUGUAUCCCAUGUUUAUUGACGCUGAUAAGAUAGAAGAUCCACAAAGAAGAAUGACGACAAUACGAAAAUUAUUACGAGAUCUUCCGGAACAUCAUUUCGAGACGUUGAAGUAUUUAAUGCAGCAUCUAAAGAAGAUAGUAGAGCAUAGCGAGGUCAAUAAAAUGGAGGCGAAGAAUUUAGCCAUCGUUUUUGGACCAACAUUGGUGCGAGCGAGUGGUUCGAGAGACAAUAUGGUCACCAUGGUCACCGAUAUGUCGCAUCAAUGUAGAAUAGUGGAAAGUUUGCUGAAUAACGUUGAUUGGUUUUUCUCAGAGGACGAUCUUGACGACUUAAGCAGAUUGAGCGUAAAUUUAAGCCUUCCAACCGACACCUGUGAGGUUGAUCCAGCAUCCAAUCACAGUCUUUUAUUAAAUAACAUUCAGAAAAUUGAAGGCAUGCGCGACAUGGCAUCUGCUAGAGACAUCGUAUCUUCAAUCAUAUCCGCAGCUAAUAAAAAGAUACAAAGAAGACGAAAGAAUCAGGACGAAAUCGACAAUAGUGAACACGACAAUGAUAAGGUCAAGUCAAAGCAAGAAUUGGAGAAUUCACCGACGAUUCGACAGAGCAUGGCCUUAAACGAACGACAAUGUUCCGUCAGCGAAAUCGUGCAGAUGCACGAAAGCAAGAAUCAAUCGAAUCAUUCUGCUGAUCGUUCGCUGUCGGUUGACUCUAAUACCAGUGGCUCGACGCAUGGCGCGUCCUCGAUAAAUCGUGCCAAAUACGCAAAUCAAUCCGCACCACCAUCUGUAGACUCUACGAGACUGUCGAUCGAGACUGGUCUAAAUUCAACGGAUACGAGCUCCACUGUGUCCAGCAGCGCGUCCAAUCAGACGAAGCAAAGUAACGAUGAAAUAGCGAUUUUGACAUAUACCGGCUUGAGUGCGACCACGCAGGAAAGAGUACGGAGAUUCGAGGAGGAAACAAAGGCAAUGUUACAGAGAGAUCAGCAUCGGCAGAGGCUCGAGGCCGAGAAGAGAGAGGAGGAGAAACGCAGAAUCGAGAUAGAAUGGCAGUUGGCAAAACGAGAGAUGGAGAAUGAUGAUCUGCUCGACAGUAUAGUCGACACUACGGUGUCGCCAAGCCUCUUGUCGGAACGUCUGUCGAGUCUGAACGAGAGGCUUGGUGAUAAAUCGUUAGUAGAUUUGUCCGAGAGACACGGCAGAUCGCGAUCGACCACGAGACCACCGCUAUCGAUAGCUGUGCAACAACAGCCCACGAUACAUCAGAAAACUCAGGCUACCAAUCAGCUGACUAGCAUACUGGGGGAGAAGAUGAAUAACGGUGUCAUUAAGAAAUUCAAGACUGAUAAGGAUCCGUCAGUGGAGUCGAUCUGUCUGCCACCAGUUCGAUACGGAAGUCUGGAUUCCUUGCACGAGGUUCACAAUCUCUCGCAGUCUUCCCCGUCACCGUCACAGCAACAACGAGGCCUUCCCGGCGAUGGCUCGGACGAUGCAGGAUCUUGUUUUCUACAGUGGACACAGAAGAUACUCACUAUUAACAAAAAGCUUUCUAGGCACACAGCAAGCCCGGGUUUUUGGUGGUACAUAUCGUCCCACCUAUACGGUACCGCAGGUCCCGGUAGCGCCGCCCCGAAGACACCGGCCCAGUCGCCAAUGUCAAUGCCAGUGCCGGUCGUCGCAGCGGUCCCAAUGCCAAUGUCCGUGCCCGUGCCCGUGUCAGUACCAGCAACCACAGGAGCAACAGCAACCGCAGCAGCAGCAGCAUCAUCGCUGGCAACUGCUGUCGCGUCUGCAGCAACUACCGCAUCAUCAUCAUCAUCGGCGAACAACGAGCCCGCCACCGCCGCCAAGACUCUAAACCGAUUCCUCCGAGGUAGCGACCUUCUGACGAGCCUCACGACUACGUUCGAUCGCAAAUGGAGGUCCCUCAUCAAUCAGUCAUCGAACUCGUCGCAGAAUUCUCCUCUGGAAGCCGCAUCCUGCAAUAAGGACAUUACGGAGCAGCAGGAGCAGAAGCCGAGCGCGUCCCCGAGAUUCAAAUAUCCAUCUGCGGAAGCCUAUCGCGACCCGAGUCUUCAUAAAUCGCUCGACAAGAGCCACCUCUCCCGCUCGAAGAACGACGUUCCCGAGAAGGACACCGACUCAACGGUAGCCGAUAACAUGUCGCAUCCUUCGGAAUCCGUCACGCCGAACAACGACCGCGGCGCGAACGACAAGCAGAAACUGGAAACGAAGUCUAUGACAAAUAAUCACGCGACGAACAGCGAAGACCAGAAGGAUGUGGACGAAGGGGAUGAUUGCGCGGAAAACCCAAAACGAUACGACCUGACGAGUGAGAAGAAUUUUCAAGAAAAUAAAUCGGAGAAUAACGAUGUUAGCACAAAGGUGGAGGACAACAGCAGGAGCCAUCAUUACGAAACCGGAGAUUCCAGUUACUCCAACAAGCUGAAAAAAUUUGAGAGUCUGACAAAUUCUCAAGCAAGGUCCCGUCUGAAACGGUCGGAAUCUCUGAACAAGAGAACGUGCGAGAACACCAGCUCGCGGUUAAAAAGAUCGGAAAGCUUGAACAAACAUUCGACCGAGAGACUGUCACCACUUAAACGAUCCGAGAGUUUAAACAAGCACCAUUCCGGCGACAGAUCGGAGUCGCCGGGCAGCAAGCUGAAGCGUUCGGAGUCGCUGACGAAAACCGAGAAGACCGAGUGUAACAUCAGCAAGCGACGGCAAUCGGUCCGAAAAGAGAGUGCCACGAAAUUGAAGCGCAAGAACGGAAUGUCGGAACGGUCGAUCAAACGACGGCACACGGUCGGCAGCACCAAGGACUUCGACAAGGUGCACUGGCUCGACAAUAAACUGCAGUCGGAGACCGAGAGGGUCAUCAGGAGCGACUACAGACCGAAGAAGAGCCAACUUAGAACUAGCUCACCCGAUCUCAGCACCAAUCGAGUUGGCAUGGCUGACACGAGUUUUCUGAUCGAGGUGAGCUUUCGCGGACCCAGCAACGUCGUCUUCAAUGUGACCAAUGCUCGGCCGCAGUCGUUGCCGGACGCGAGUCUCGCGUCCAAGGUUUUCAAGGUGCCCCUCGAGAGUCACGUAUAAUAUGCUCGAAGUGAAUGAGUUACAUACAUUUCUAUACUCACCUCUAAAUAAUACGUGCACGCAGCGCUGCUGUCAUAUCUAUACCUACCUGCCACACAUAAUUUUUAAUACUUCUACCGGUUUAUAUUAUAUAUAAAUCGUAUCAUAUCAGAUUUUUAUAUAUCUCAUAUAUUAUAUAAAAAUAAUUGAAUCACAUCCACAUCUAAGUUCGUUCGCCGGAAACGCUGACAUUAUUCAUUAAUCGCCAGUGUGCCAAAGAGCUAUCAAUCUGUGAAUCAUUUAUCGUUAUCGAACGAUAAAUGAAUAUCGAAAAUUCUUUACAAUGGCUAGAAUGGAUUAGAUAAAGUGGAAGAUACAUGUCUCCACGUGCCCUGCACCACGAUGUUUUAAUCUUUAAUUGAGUUUAAUUUAAUAUCAAUAUUUUAUCAAGUUCAUUUAAUUAACGCGAGAUCGUUACAACGAUCGAGAAUCAAUCUAGAUUAAUGAGCCAGAAGCAGUUGGAUUCUUUCUUUUUAAAGAAAAAAAUAAAAACAUUUUACUGAUUUGCAAAAAGAAAACUGAUUAUUGGAGAAACGUAAGAAAGUUAUUUAGUGAUUAUAUAUUGCAUGUGGUAUUUGCAUUGUGUCAAUUUUAUAUAUAUAUAAAUAUAAAGAUAUAUAUAUACAUUAUCUUGUGAAUUGUGAUUGUGACACUCUUUUUUGUACAUAAGAUGUAUAAUGUGAGAUGAUUCGAUUAAAUAUUAAAUAUAGUAAGGUGACUAUACAUUGUACGUCUUUAAAUUUAUAUUUUAAUAAUCACUUAAUAAUCAUCGCGUGUUCUAUAUACGUGCGAAACUAGCUCGAUCCUCGUAUUGGCUAUGUGAGAAUGCAUUAUUUUUAACGCAGAUGUGACAAAGGUGAUCGUUAGGGUUAAAAUUAAUGAUUGUGCGUGCAUUUUGCUGGCGUGUAAUCGCCGAGUUUCCACGGCACGGUCGUCGCGAGUGAUCGGUACACUUGAAAGUUCUUUGAAAAGUAGCAUCCGUAGCGUUAAGAAAUCUUUUUUACGUAAGCUCUCCCUGAAAUGAAAAGUCUACGAUGUGAUAAAAAAAAACUUAAAUUGAUCGCGCGUCGAUGUGAUGUACGCAUAUUGUUAUGCGUGCGCUACAUGGGUGUGUAUUGCGUUGCGAAAAUUUACACGAGCGCGUGAAAUACCUAUUUUCUAUGUGCAUUGUGAUCGAUACUAACGAUCAGUCUAGUACUACUGCUGUUGCGUCAUUGUAAAUUUUAUCGUACACAGUAAAACGCAAAGGCGCGAACGGUGCCGUCAAUUACAAUAUACAUUCGGUGCCUCGCAUAAUGCGGAAUCCGUUCGUUCUAAGGUGAAUAGGGAUUCCUACGCAAAUCAUCGUAAAAUCCCCGGAUCGACCGGAUUUCUCACUGUGCCCCGUUACGAGGAUGUUAUGUUAACCGGUGCAACACGUAUUGUGUAUCGCUUGUGUAUCGCCAUAAAAUAGUUACUCUCAGAUGCUUGGGUCUCUUGUCUGGAUCGUUAGUGUUGCAUUAUUUGUACCCCGAGAUACUUCACGUAUGCAAAACUCUCUCUUCGUCUUUAUCUCACCCUUGUAAUUUGCGUUUAAUGCGCCGCGUCGUGUUGCAUCUAAACUAGGGAUAAGCGAGUGUCAAACGAGAAAUCCAAUUCAAUGCCGCGACUGCGACUGGUGUCGCAUCUGGAAUUUCGACCGCGGAUACACGGGAUAAAGAAUAAUGUAACGAUAGUCCAGUUAAAGAUGAUCUUAUUAAUUCAAGAAUAGUAUUAAUGAAAUAACAUUUUAUUAGAACAAGAGCAGUAUUUAUUUCAUUAAUAUUACUAUUAAAUUAACGAGAUUAUUUUCGAUUUUAGACUGCUAUUAGUUCAAUUAGUUGUGUUGUUAAUACGUCAUUUUUUUCAUAUGAUAUCGAUGUAUCCGCGACUUAUAGAGGUCGCGACAUAUUAUAAUCACGACUAAUUUAUCAUGAAUGUACUUGUAAAAUCCACUCGGGAUCGGCGCAAUAUGUUCUACGUUAAGUUUAUGCGUUGGAUGAUUUAAUAUGUAAAUACGUACAGCUAAAUUUUUGCGCGCAUCAUCGUACAUCACAUGUGUUAUCUCUUUAUCUGUCCGGAACAACGCGUACUCGUUUAAACAAUUUUACGUAAUGCCAGUUACUGUCGCGCAAAUCGAGGAAUCCAAAACGUAAAGUAGCUGAGACAAUCGAUUUGAUUAUGCAUGUAAAUACAAAUGUAACUAAAUUCUAAGAGACGACGAUAAAACAAGAGCGAUAAUUUAUUUCGAGAGGAAUAGCGAUUGUGAUCGUGUUAUUUAUUAUUAACCCAAGCGGAUAUGUUCAUCGCAAAUUCUUAAGAGAACACGAAGUUGUAAAUAAAUAUAUUACUAUGAGAAAGAG